AUGAAACCGCUCCUCACUCCUCGGCCGCCGCCGCCGCCGCCUGCGUCCAGUACCGGCCUCGUCCCCGACGUCGCCAUGUCCGCGCUGGCUCCGAGACUGCUGAGCGGCCUGACGCGCCCGGCCAGCGGCCUCCUGCGCGUGCCCCGCGCUCCCCUGCAGGCGCGGCGCCCCCGGGAGGUCCUGAGCCUGGUGGACAAGACCAUCGCCAUGACAGCCUGCUUCCUGUGUAUCCUCGUGCCCGGUGGCUGGGUCUUAGCCCACUUGGAGAGCUACAAAAAGAUGGAGUGA